AUGUCUGAUGACUCGGACUCCCCAGAAGUCGAGCACUCAGACGUCGAGUGCUUCGAGGCGCUGCCCGACGACACAGUCGAAGCCACCGGGUCGACGGAGAGUGCCAUCCGGAAGAUUAUUAGAGAAAACCAAGAAACAACCGACGUGGUGAAAUAUAUAUGUUUCACAAACGUCCUACCAACUAUUGCGGACAAUUUUUCUUUGCGCAGUACUCGGCAGAUGUUUAAUCGCCGCACUCGAUAUAUGAUCAUCAAGCUCUUUAUUGGGGCCCAUGAAACAGCUUCAUGCGGCCUGGGUGGUGCAGUGCAAUAUGAGAUAUACAAUAUGGGGCUGGGCAAGUCGAUUCGCCCGUUAGGGUCCAAAACCAUCCAAGAAAGGAGGCCGACCGUUAUGGUCGAAGUGGGAGUAUCGGAGUCAUAUCGAAAGCUGCGAGCAGAUGCAGAAUGGUGGCUCAUAAACUCGAGGGGCGAUGUGAAGCUUGUAAUUAUCGUGUCCAUUAGUCGAAAGACCCCCAACAUCAAGUUUGAGGCUGUUACUUUGGACCCGACUGUCAACUCCUUGCGACUGCAGUGGCCCAAGAUACGGCGGACCAUUACGGCAUCCCGCGACGCAAACAAACCCUACUCACAGAUUACCAUCAGGCCAGCAGUACCUUUGAUCAUCGGGUUUGAAGAAUUGCUUUGUCGUCAACCAGUCCCGCCUGAACACGACAUUGAACUAUCACCUGAUCGGUUGGGAGGGAUCUCAACACACGUGUGGGGGGAGCAAGGAUUCUAG